AUGGCGGAGGAACAGAAAUGGCAAGAGCCUGCCGAAGGACAGCGACUGUAUGCAAAUAAUUGUGGCUUUUUUGGUGGCUCUACAACGCUUAAUCUGUGUUCAAAGUGUUACAAAGAUUAUUGCUUCAAGGAAGGGGAAAUGAGAGAGGCCGAAAUCGCCAUGGAAAAAACACUCAAUCAAUCGAGAUCCUCCUCGCUUUCACGCCCAAAAUCUGUUAAUUCUAUAAUUAAUCCACACAUAACAGAAGAGAAGGUUCCGGUUUCCAUGGAAACUGAAAAACCUGUCACCGCCGUGGCUAUGCCGUUGCCGCAGCAACAGACUAAUCCUAACAGGUGUGCAGCUUGCCGGAAGCGCGUGGGACUGACGGGAUUCAAGUGCAGGUGUGGGGUCAUGUUCUGUGGAUCCCAUAGGUAUCCUGAACAACAUGAUUGUACGUUCGAUUACAAACAAUUGGGGAGGGAUGCCAUUGCCAAGGCCAAUCCUAUAGUCAAGGCCGAGAAGCUUGACAAGAUCUGA